AUGGCUGCCACUCAGGAGUCCAUGCAAACCCGAAAGGGCCUGGUUGACCAGGAGUGGAAGGUCCAGUUUGAGGCAAAAUUUGAAGCAAUCUGCCAAGAGUAUUGGCACCGCAUAGCCAACAGAGUUACACUACAACCCCCACUCGAUGCACACCUUACCAGUAAUGCAGAUUCAGCCACCCAAUCCAAUUCUAGGCUGGGAGCCAAAUUGAGGAUAGCCCUGGACCACCGUCCAUCUACCUGUGAAGUGCUCCAGAUCAGGACCCUGUGGCACUAUGAUCCAGCCACAUGGCAUCAGAGGAUAGCUCAAAAUCAAUUCCAUGAAAGCAGACAAUUACAAAAAAUUACACAAAUCCAAACUGCAGCUCCUUCACUAGCACCUCAGGAAACUGGCCAACAGGAAAACCCUCAUAAUUCUGAUGGGCACCCCCAGG